GAUUAUCCAGUGGUAAUAUAAGAGACCUUGAAUAUUAGUGCCAUAAUUAGGUUUCAAACUGCCUUUGACAAUAUUCUUUCAAAGUUUGCCGUAGAUUGUAAAACAUCCUAACGUCAUUAGGUUUUCCUUAACAGCUUGAGCACCACUUCAAGGGUAGUGCUGUUGAGAAAAUGAUGCUCGUAGUUAUUGCUUUGGCUACGCUUCUGGUACAUUAUACUGAAGUAAAGUCGGCCAAUCCACCCGCCAGGCAAAUAUCAGUGGAAGGCACCACUCAAUAUCCAUCACCAUUGAAAGGCGUGACUGGAAGACUACCUCAACUGCAAGGGGAAACAAAAUAUCCGCCAGGAUUAGGAGGCACUGCUCCAAGCCCAGAAAAAACCAAACCAAAGUACUUAUGUGGUGAUGCCUACUCCUGCAACUUCGGGACUAAACGGACUUGCUUGCUUACAGAUGGAAUUAAAUCACCUGUAAAGUGUGUGAAACCAGCUCAAACAUGCGAAACCGUUUGGGCAGCUUACUGCGUAAGACCACUGUUUCCAAUUUGCAAGAAUGAAGCCACCGAGUGCUUGUGCAGUUGUGGGAAAGACAAUGGACUCUUCCGGUGGUUUUAAUAAUAUCUUUUCCGUGCCAUUUUCAAUAAUACAUACAAUGUUUACAACACAU